GUGCAUUAGGAGUUAAAAACCUUACUUCCCACUUAGAGAUGGAAAGCCUCAAUUGGACCACUGCUCAAGAGUUUAUCUUCUCUGCUUUCCCUUGUUCCUGGGGAGAUUCUGUCAUCUGUUUCAUUCCACUGCUCUUCGUCUAUGCUUUCAUUGUUGUUGGAAACCUGGUUAUCAUCACAGUAGUCCAGCUGAAUACUCACCUCCACACUCCCAUGUACUUCUUUAUCAGUGCUCUUUCUUUCUUGGAGAUCUGGUAUACCACAGCCACCAUCCCAAAGAUGCUCUCUGGCCUGAUUAGUGAAAGAAGGAGUAUUUCCUUAAAUGGCUGUCUCCUACAGAUGUAUUUCUUCCAUUCCACAGGCAUCAGUGAAGUUUGUCUCUUAACAGCUAUGGCCUUUGACCGCUACCUGGCCAUCUGUAGCCCUCUUCAUUAUCCCACUAUCAUGACACCCAAGCUGUGUGCCCAACUGACUUUAGUUUGCUGUGUUUGUGGCUUUAUCACACCCCUUCCUGAGAUUGCCUGGAUCUCCACACUGCCAUUUUGUGGCUCCAAUCAACUUGAGCAUAUCUUCUGUGACUUCCUCCCAGUGCUGCGCCUCGCUUGCACAGACAUACACACCAUCAUCAUGAUUCAGGUGGUAGAUAUUGUCCAUGCAGUAGAAAUUAUUACAGCAGUGGUGCUCAUCUUCAUGUCCUAUGUUGGUAUUGUGGCUGUGAUUCUACGUAUUCAUUCAGCUGAAGGCCGUCGCAAAGCAUUUUCUACAUGUGUCUCCCACCUCACAGUCUUUUUGCUCUUCUUUGGUAGUGUGGCUCUCAUGUAUCUACGCUUCUCUGCCACCUACUCCUUGUUCUGGGAUACAGCUAUUGCCCUGGCCUUUGCAGUUUUAUCCCCCUUCUUCAAUCCCAUUAUCUAUAGCCUGAGGAAUAAAGAGAUAAAAGAAGCUAUCAAAAAGCACAUGGAUCAAGCUAGGAUCUUUUUUUCAUAAGAGCAGGGACUUCAGGUAAGAUCUCUUACUUGGAAAUAUAUAUAUAUACAUAUAUAAAUUGCUGGUUUCUCUUCAUCUUUAACUCUCAGAAAUCUAUCUUUUACCAUCAAACGUUUACUGAAACUUGUCUCCUA